UAAUCGGCUUAUAUAUGACACGGCCAAUUCAGUAGAUUCAAGUGCUCCCAAGAUCCACUUAUUAACCUCCCCAUAAGAAAUUACCUAACAGAAUUACAUCAGUUAUCGAACAACGGAAAUUUAGAAUCCGAGAUACUACAUUCAAUCAUGGGCUCCUCCUCUACCGAAAACAACCAUGGCAGCAAACAUCAUCAAGAACAGGAUGAUCCGUGCCUCACUGCCAUGUUGAUGUCCAGUUACCAUGUCUUCCCCGUCAUCCUGUACGCUGCAGUUGACCUCGACCUCUUCGGCAUCAUCGCCCGGGAGGGCCGUGGGGGUUUCAUGUCUCCUUCUGAGGUUGCUUGCCACCUUCCUUCCCGGUGCCCCGAGUCGGCGGAGAUUCUUGACCGGGUCCUGAGGCUGCUGGCAAGCCACUCUCUGCUUUCUUACUGUACGGAGACCGACAGAGACGGGAAAGUGGUGAUGAAGUACGGGAUCGCACCGGCAGGGAAGUACUAUGUCAGGGCUGCAGACGGAGACUCCGCUGCCUCUCUGUCGCUCUUUGCCCAUCAUCGUGCCAUCGUCGAUGUCAUGUUGGGAAUGAAGGAAGCAAUAUUGGGAGGGGGAAACCUGUUCCAGAAGUUCCACGGGAUGACGAUAUUCCAGUACAUGAACGAUUCGAUCUUGAACAAGUACUUCAAUGACGCCAUGGCCGAUCUCUCUUUCAUUCAGACCAAGAAGGUAUUGGAAGUGUACAACGGUUUCGAGGGGCUCUCAGUCCUAGUUGAUGUCGGCGGAGGCAAAGGGGCGACCCUGCACGCCAUCAUCUCUAAGUACCCUUCCAUUAAGGGCAUCAACUUCGACUUGCCCCAAGUCAUUCAGCAUGCCCCUGCUUACCCAGGAAUCGAGCAUGUGGGAGGGGACAUGUUCGAGGGCGUACCUAAGGGCGAUGCAAUUAUGAUCAAGGGAACGUGCCACAAUUGGAGCGACGAGUCGUGCUUGAAGUUUCUGAGGAACUGCUACAAUGCGAUUCCGGAGAAUGGCAAAGUGAUCAUCAUCGAUUUUAUAAUGCCAGAUGAACCAGAAACCACCGACGAGGCCAAGUACGUGGCCAUGCUCGACAACGCCAUGUUUAUUCAGCCUGGAGGGAAGGAGAGGACGGAGAGGCAGUUCGAAGCUCUGUGCAGAGGUUCAGGAUUUUCUGGGUUUAAGGUUGCAGCGAAGGCUAUUAAGGCUCUAGGAGUGAUUGAGUUCACCAAAUAAACAAAGUGAGACGGAGAGCUCACAAGUAAUAACUCUUGCGCCAGGUUUCAUUGAAGGCUUUUUUAUGUGAGGUUGCGUUUUCGCAGCUUGUGGAUUUCGUGAAUAAUCACCCGACUAUAUCAGUGUUUGCGCCAUUCGAUAUGUAUGAGUGUCCAUGCUUUUUGAUGUCAUAUAAAAUGAAAAUCAUUAAAUCUUCAA